CUAAUUUGGUACUUUAGAAAUGAUAGGAGAUGAACUUAGGAAGAAAAAAAUAUGGUAAAUUAUAUGGUACAACCGGUUGUAUCUAUAGCAUGGUACAGCCGGGUAUUUUUGUAAUAAAAAGGAAGUUUAAGCCUUCAAAUCCCAAACUUUUACUCUUCGCCGGUGUCUUCUUGCUCGGAUUAGCUGCCGCCAUCAAUAAUGCAUCGUUGUUGUUCUCAUCGACGGCCAUCAAUCUGUUUACCUUCUUCGAGGGAUUAAACUCAUUUCUCCACAAGUUUAGAGGCAAAGAAUCGAGAAACAUGGCUGCUGCCUCAACUGUCAUCCACAAUCUCUUCAGACUCCAUUAUCACUGUCCACCGUCAGUGGCGGAGCCAGAAAUAUGGUCCAGGGGGGUCGAGAAUCAACUUUAUACAAAAUGAAAACGAUGGAUCGUUUCCAAACAAUGUCCGAGUUGAAUAUUUUAUAUGUAGUUUAGAUAAAUAGGCACUCGUAACAAUAAAAGAGACUGUUUUUGCUCUAUUUUUGAGUCAUGUCACGUAAGUAAUGAGUUAAUUAUAUGUUAUUUUUAAAAAUUGGGGAAAAAAAUCAAUAUUACUCAUCAAAUUUUGCUGAUUUUACGUUUAGAUAGUGCUGAUUUUGCAGAAGUCAUAACUUUUUACUCGUAAUGAGUUACGGGGGCCAUAAUAUAUCAAAUCGAAGAUAUUUCAGAGCUCUAUGCUCUUAAACUUUCAGCGGGGUCGACUGACCCCCCUGACCCCCCCUUGGCUCCGCCCCUGUCCACCGUCCAAAUUAAAUUCUGUUUCGCAAGCCAUCUAGCAUCCUUUUUGCAAUCACAUGAUGUCUUUGUCCAAUUCGGAGCAAACUAAUUAAGUUGAAGUUGUCUUUGUCAUCAAGCAUUUAUAAACAUUGUGUGUAGUAUUAAAACUGAAAUUCAUAUCCAGCGGGAUUUACAAAUGUGAAUUUAAGAGAGGCCAUGAUCAAGAAUUCGGAUUUGCAGUAUGUUAUUAACCGGUGAUGGAUAUGUCGAUUGCCGAAAUAACCUAAUUGAUGAGCAUAGUGGUCUUUGCGAGGAACACCACCCGAGCAGCAUUGCCAAUCAUGCAGGUGAAGAAGGUAAGUACAUCUAAUCUAGUCCUGCUUUUAGAGUGUAUCCAACAGUUGUUUGACUUUGUGUUACUGUUAUGUUGUAGGUUUAGACAAAUCUUGUGUAACAGUCACCUAAAAAACAUUAAUGUAUUAAGGAUAUUCAUUAAUUAAUUUCCAUUUCAUUAAUCUUAUUUAUUUAACAUUAUUAACUUGAUGUAAAUCUGACUAUAUGUCCUCAAAUAUAUCCAUAACUAAUUGUAGAUUUAGCUACACUUCAAAUUUACUCCUUGUAGUCCAAACCAGGGUGUAAUUCUUACACAUCAUCAAUCGAUGAGAAUAUCUUUUAUUUACAUGGUAAAAAGUAAUUCUACUUCUAUUUUUUUCAAAUCAAUGAGCCAUCUAAUUUUCCCAUCAAGCUGCAAAAAUUUUCCUAUAUUGAUUUAAGCCUACCAAUUUCCAGUUCCCCAGUUACUCAAUAUUUAUACCCACGUAGACAGAAAGAGAAACUACACGGUACUCAAUAAUUUACCAUACCAAGAGUUGCCGAGAAAACAUAUUGAACUCCUCAUGGAUAAAAUAUAAUGCGAUUAUAACUCAUGAAACUAGGAAGGGAAAAGGGACAAAAAUGACACUGACUUUUAAUGAAUCUCGGAUCGGACACUCAGAUUGUUAGUAGACCAAAUAAACACUAAGACCAUAUGGAGUGGUGCAAGAGUCCAAAUGUCAAAAAUGGACUCCGUCCAUAUGAAAACAGUGUUUUGACUCCUAUUUCUCUACAUUCCAGCACCGUCAAUAAAAUACACUUUGCACAUUUUUUUACAUAUCACUUUAGUAAAACAUUAAUUAAAUUAUCAUAAGUAAUGCUUUCCUUUUAAUUUUCUCUUAUUAAUUAUAAAAUAAAAAAGACACAUUUCAAUGUAAAAAAAUAAAUAUCAUUAAUAUUUUUUUCCGUUCAAACAAUUUAAAAAUCAUCACAUUCUAUCAAAUUGUUUUUGUUUAAAUCCAACCAUUGUGGGUGCUUAGAGCAUCUACAAUGGGGUAGUGGAUUGGAAUAAAGUCGAUCCUACGUGGCAUAGGAGAGAGAUAAAGAUAAGAUGAUUAUUUUAAUUUAAUAUAGAGAAAGUGGUGUAUAUGAAAAAAUGAAAAGGAAGAGAAAGAUAGGAGUAAAUUGUAAACAAUAUCUAUGACAAUGUCCACAAAUAGACAUUACACAAAAAUCGAGAAGCAAAAGUGGAUGAAAAGUGGGUUAGAAGUGAUAUAAAAAUGAAAAUGAAAAUAAAUAAAGAGAUAUGUAGGUCCUACACAUAAAAUUUGUGAGAUAAAAAAUGAGACCCAAUUGUAAGUGUGUAAGAGAAUAGACAUCCCCAUUGGAGAUGCUCUUAGUGACACCAUCACGACAUCGUUGACAUCCGCCCUCUUUCCUCUUUUCUAUUUCUUUUUCAAUUUUUUUAGGCUGUCCAAAUUCCUCCAAAUAUAACCUCUUCACUCUCCAAACCCACUUUUAAUACCCUCCCCAAUCAACCAAUGCAUGAAAUUAGAAGUCCAAAAUUGUCACUUUUAAUAUUUUGGACUCCUAAUACCUCAUCGCUCCAAAUAAUCUAAUUCUAACAUAUAUGUUGAUUAUUAACCACCCACUCACGCUUCAGUUAAACUGACAUCUCCCUUCUUCCAUUAGAGACACACAACCCCAAUUUUUAACCCAAAGUCUACCGAGUCUCCGACUCCCAAAGUCUGGAUCGCCAACGACAUUGUUUCCCAAUGCUAAAACCAGAGGGGCCGAGAUCUCGCAAGAUUGGACGCCUAUAACUUUGAUCAAUUUCAGCAAUUACAAUGCUGACACUAUCUCCGGUGAAAACAAGUUCACUGUUGUCGGGUGCGACGACGAUGGUACCCUGGCCAGAGACAACCUCGCAAAGAUGAAGAGGUUCACACACGUCUGCUCCGCCUCUUGCGACGAGCCAGAGGAUGUGAUUGGUGGAAGCUGUGAAGGUACCAACGGUUGCUGCGAAUACACGAUUCCGAAGGGAGCCAAGUAUUAUAGCAUAGUUACUUUGAAAUCCCCGUCCAACUAUACUCUCAAUUUAGCUAAGCAAUUCAAAAGAUGGAAAGCUCACCCAGACCCAGUAGAGACAUUGAGCUUAGCUAAAAUCUUGAAAGGUUCCAAAUUAAAACUUUCACCCAAAUCUUGAACAAGCUAUCAAACUUUCUUUUGGUGAAAUUGGAGUAAUUCUUUUUCUUUCUUUCUCCAGUAAGAGAAAGAAUGACCUAUGGUUAAAAAUUGGGGUUGUGUGUUUUUAAUGGAAGAAGGAGACGUCAGUUUAAUGGAAAAAGCGCUCAAAUGAGGUUCAAACAAAAAAAUAUUUUUCAUGGAACCAACGAUGCCCACGCACGGAUCAUCACAAGGCUGGAUUAAAUGUAAGCAGGGAAAAAGUAACAGAUGGACUAUGAGGAAUGAAGCCCACUGUGUCGCAAAGACCUGUUUUUUGUUUGAAUUUCUGCCCUUAAAACGACACAUCCGGCAACCAAAAGAUACCGGACAUUAGAUACCACGGGCAAUACAAACUGUCUAACUGUUGCAGUUUUGCACUUCCCAAAACUAGUUGAGGUAUUCUAUAACGCUUUCCUAAAACACAAUCUCAGUCGAAAGAUGGUGAAAAUGAGUAUUAAUCACUGUAAAAUCAGUAAUUUCGGGUAGAUUUUCAUCAUCGAUUGCAUUUAAGAAACAAUUUUGUGAGGUGCACAUAACAAAAUCGAAUACACGAUAGUUAGGUAAAACGUGUUUUCAAAUAUAAAAAAGGAGAUCAGAUGGUAGUGCAUGUUUUGAUUCAUCAUCAAUAAUAACAGAAUAGAUGGGUUUGAAUCAUCACGCCUCCUUGAAUACAUCUAAGCUUUUCGAGAUCCAAAAGACAAGAAAACUAUCGUCGCUUCUUUUAAUCGGACCUUGAACCCAAAUUCGUAAGAUUGAAAACAAUGAUAUUGCAAAAAAAAUGGCUGUAAAACAGGGAUGAGAUGGUUGAUUUUAUAUCAUCAUCCAAUACUACACGCUAUUUAUUAACAGUACAAUUCCAUCACAAAACACUAAAAAGAAUCAGAAAAAACGAUGGCAAUCAAACGCCAAAGGAAUCAGAAUGUAAGUCGAUCACCACGUCGCAUCUCACAGAUAAGAGCGCCUAAGACUGGGGCGACAAUCAUUGUCAUCAUUUCCCUUCCAAAACAAUCGCAAACCAAAUAAAUCCCAAAAUCGGCGGUUAACACGACUGCAAAACAUAAAAGCCUAUAAUAAAGCAACCAGCAAAGAAAAAGGUUUUUGAAACUGAAGGUAGACGAUAGAACGUAAUGUAGAUCCGGAACCAUGACGAAGCAUUUAUAUAGGAUUAGAAUGAGGGUUUCAGCUAGGGUUUUGCACCUCCUUGACCACUAUGCG